CUCUUCGAGUUCAUUCUCAAAAUGACUUCGACCGUUUCAAGAUGCUUCUUUAUUCUUCUAAUUUGCUGUUCUUCCAGUGGUCUCAACGUUUUUCCAAACUUAGAGGAUAUCGCUAAAAAUGCGCGAGUGGUCAUCAAUGACAUCGCAUCCUUGAUUGAGGAAGAGAAUUGCAGGUCAGACCUGUUAACCCUAGCAGAUGGCAUUGACAAACUGGACUUAUGGGCAAUGAAAAUGAUUGACGCAAAUGGAAAAUGGAACCCAGCUUUUUUAUUGGGAAACAUCAAAAGCUUGGGAAGCUACGAGGAAUGUGUUUCUAUCCAGCAAUCAAAACCCUACAUCAAGGGAAAAUAUUGUCUGGCCAAUGUGCACCUCUCUUCAAAUGAUGAACAAAUAGAUUCAUUGUUGGAAAUAGCCACGCAAAAAAGACGUAACCGUGAAAUAACUAUGAACAGAACGAAUACGCCGGUACCGGACCUGCUUCCUUCAAUGGCCCUCAUUCAAUUCGGCAUAUGCGUCCCUUCAACCUGCUCAAUUGCGGACGUGCAAAAGGCGUUCAGCUACAUUAUAUCGAAGGAGAAGUCUGCCAAUGGCGAGGCACAAAUUGAAUCAUGCUACACUAACGGUGCAGCGCCGCUUUCUUCUGGAGAUUUGGCAUUUAUUGGAUGUGUUGCUAUCAUCGUCGGACUGGUAUUCUUGAGUUCUGUAAUCGAAUCCAAUUUUGGCGUAAAAGAAGAUGCAGGGUUUGCGUAUAGCUGCUUAAUGGCGUUUUCUUUGCCGACUAACUGGAGGAAGCUCUUUUUUAUUUCUAACCAUCCAGGUGCAUUGAAGAGCCUCGAUGGUAUUCGAGUCUUGAGCACACUAUGGGUUGUUGCUGGACACAAAAUCAUCUUUACCCUUCAAGAACCGUGGGCAAACAAAAAUUUUCAAGUUGAGUCUCUUCAGAAAUUAGCAAAUAUGCCAUUCAUCAACAACAUGCCCAGCGUCGACACGUUCUUCCUGAUGUCUGGCAUGCUGAGAUCAUACAACCUACUGAAGGAGUUUCAAGGCAAUCGAUUUCGAUUUUUCUCUGACUUUGCUCGCCGUUACUUAAGGCUAACGCCAGUUUAUGCAUUGGUGAUUGCUUUCUACGCUACCUUAUUAACACGGCUAGGUAGUGGUCCUAGAUGGGAAAAGUUCGUGACUGAGCCCGGUGAGGCCUGCGCCGUUAAUUGGAAAAACAAUUUGCUGUAUAUCAACAGCUACGUCCACAGCAACAAACAUUGCAUGAUCCAAACUUGGUAUCUGGCAUCCGACAUGCAACUCUUUUUGGUCUCGCCUUUGGUUGUUUAUGCUCUGUGGAAAAAACCUGUAGCUGGAAAAUGGAUUCUGUUUCUCAUGGCCGCGAUACCGAUUUGUUUCACGGCCUGGUACACAUACAGCUAUGAAGUUCUGCCCACUUAUUUGCUCAACAAUUCAGACGAGAAGCUGAUCAGCUAUCAAAGGGACGUGCACAUCACCACGCACCAUCGAAUGGCUCCUUACGUUGUAGGCUUGGCACUGGGAUAUAUUCUUUACAGCAAAAACAGGAAUUUUCACUUGAGUCCGUUGAGAGCGCUUUUUGGCUGGCUAAUGAGCCUCUCAACGCUCUACUUUGUGGUAUUUGGUGCCAUCAAUAUCGUUCAAUACGACCACGAGUACGACCCGGUCGAAUCCACUUUUUACGCCAGUUUGCAUCGCAUCUCGUGGGCAUUUGCUGUUGGCUGGCUUAUUUUUGCUUGCAAUAAUGAAAACGGAGGUUGGAUAACGAAAAUUCUGUCGCUGAACGUAUUUCAACCACUGAGUAAGAUUUCUUAUUGCAUCUAUUUGAGUCACUACGUGAUUUUAAUGGUUGGAACGGCGAGGAUAAAAACUCCGCUCUUCGCAGACGAUUACGCGCUGAUCCACAGCCUGGCCGGUGAUUUUAUAAUAAGCUUUGCCGUAGCCACAGUCCUGUAUCUAUCGGUAGAGGCCCCUUUGUUUGAAAUUACAAGGCUCAUCUUUGCAACCUCCAAGAGUGUUAACCAGAAAAAAGAAGCUUGAAGAUUUUUGUAUAUCUUGUUGAGUUUAUUUUACUUUUUUAGCACAUUAUUUGUAUUAAAAUUCAUAUUUUCAAUGGCUGAAAAAGAUCCAUGAACAUUAAUCAACAUUAAUAUAAUAAAAUUCUUUAUUACAAUAUUAAAGACUGCGU